CUAAACACCGUUCCAGUUCUCUCCUAACUCUUCAUUCUAACAUCUCUAGUCCAAGAUUUUCUCCUUCCAGUCUCAUAUCAUAUGCGCCUCUGCUUGUUUUUCCAUCUACCGUUCUUCAAUUUUCUUUGAAUUCUAUGGGCAUCUGAUUUGCAUGGGCAAUAAUAGUAAGCCCCCUUCUUCUUUUUCUUCCAUACCCUUCGAAUUCUGGGAAAAAAAGGGAAGAAAUUUGAAGAAAUUUCGUUACUUUGAAGGUGGGCAGUUUGGAGAAAGUGCUGAUUGACCUUUUGAAAGAUUUAAUAGAGAGGAAAGCAGGAGAUUGUGUGCCUCCAGAGGAGAAAUCCCCUCAGAAUAUUGUAAGUAAAUAGGUGUUGCAUUCUUCUAGCCUUGUAUCUUCAAAAGCAGUGAUCUUUCUACAGUCUUGAAGUGUUCUUGUUAAAUCCCAGCCUGCAACCUUAUCCAAAAGGUCAGGUUUGUGUCUUCCAAGAGUUUAGUGAGUAUACCGAAACAGGAUAGGAGAGACUUUUUGCAUCAUAAAUGGAUAAGAAGUAUACAAAGAAGACAAAGUGGGAUGAAGAAACCCAGAUGGAUCGGCUAAGUGAUUUGCCUGAUAGUUUACUACAUCACAUUCUUUCCUUUAUGGAUGCUAAAUAUGCAGUCCAAACUUGCAUUUUGUCCAAGAGAUGGGUUAGUGUUUGGACUCAUCUUCCUGUUCUCAAACUUGACUCGAAGUUCUUCAAUAGAGUGGGUAACUUUAGAAGUUUCAUAUCCCAAGUUUUGGACCAUUGUGAGACCUCUAACAUCCUUACACUUAGCAUUUGCUCGUCCAAAAAGAAUUUAGCGAGUUCUCUUGUUGAUAAAAUUAUAAGCUUUGCUGUUUCUCACAGUGUUCAGGAGCUUGAUUUGUCUUUGAAAUACCCUAUAGGUGACUUGCAAAAUGUUUUCAGGUGUCAAUCUUUAAGGUUUCUCAAACUUGAUUUAUUUUGUGGCCUUCCAUUACCAAACUCAAUCAGUUUUGCAUCAUUGAAGACUUUGAUUCUUUGCAAAGUUUAUUUGAAGAGUGAAAACUACUGCUUUGAUCUCUUUUCAAGCUGCUUGGAUUUGCAGAAUCUUGUUUUGGAUCAUGUUAUUUUAACCAUCUGGGACAUCUUCAAUAUAUCAGCUCCUGCCCUAGUCAAUUUGACCAUAUCUAAUAUUCGUUUUCAUGUUGCAAAGGAUGCCAACAUAACGAAUUAUGCUUCCAUAGAAUAUCAGAAGGUUGUGAUUACUGCUCCCAGAUUGACCUCCUUCAGCUUCACACGUUACGGACCAGUGUUGUUGUCCAUGGAUAAUUCUCCCCUUCUUGAAAAUGUGAACCUUAGCAUGUUUAAUUAUGACUUUCUGUUUACUCAAGAUCGUUCCUUUAUGCUUCUGAUUGAUAUGUUGCGGCAGCUUGGUAAUGCAAGAUCACUUACUGUAUCAUUAGGUUUAGUUAAGUUUCUCUCACAGCAUUCCAGAGUGCUUGAAGAACAACCAUUUCCCUUUUCUAAACUGGAGUCAUUGAAAGUAGUGAAAGGACGACGGAAUCGCAAGAAAAUUCCUCCAAACGUGCUGAAGUUUUUGGUUCAGGGCUCUCCCAUGGCUGAGGAGCUUCUCGCAAAGUUCCAGAAGAAAAGAAGAAUGUGUAAGCAGCCUAUGGAUGAUUGACCAAAUGUAUGAGAAAGUCGGACAACAUGAUGUGGCCUCGUUUUGUCUUCUGAUCCAAUUUGUUUUCCAGCUUUUGGUGAUCUUAAUAAUGCUAAUUAGUUUAGAGGGGUGGAUUUUGGAGACUUAAAAGUACAUUUUAUGUCGUUUCUUAUCCUGGAAGAAGAUUUGUUGGAGGACAGUUUCCAGAGAGAUAAUACAUAUACAAAAUAAUGUUUAUUUCUGUUUACUCCAUUGUGACGUGGCUAAAUUAAUGGUGUUAACGUUGUGAAUUACUUGGAUAGACUACAUUUUGAAUGUCAUCAUGAUGAAGAGACCCUAAACACCUUUUUAAUUCUCUCUAACCCUUCAUUCUAAGAUCUCUAGUCCAAGAUUUUCUUCUUCGAGUCAUAUCAUAUGCGCCUCUGCUUGUUUUUCCGUUUACUAUUCUUCGAUUUUCUUUGAAUUCUACGGGCAUCUGAUUUGCAUGGGCAAUAAUAGUAAGCCCCCUUCUUUUUCUUCCAUACCCUUCGAAUUCUGGGGAAAAAAGGAAGAAAUUUGAUGAAAUUUCAUUACUUUGAAGGUGGGCAGUUUGGAGAAAGUGCUGAUUGACCUUUUGAAAGAUUUAAUAGAGAGGAAAGCAGGAGAUUGUGUGCCUCCAGAAGGAGAAAUAUUCCCCCCUCAGAAUAUUGUAAGUAAAUAGAUUUAGCAUUC